AUGGACGGCACCCUCACCCGCUGCGAGCUCGACCCUGUCACCGCGAAGCUUAUCGAUCGUGUGGAGUUGAGCUGCGGCGGCGCGCCUUGCCAGACAAUUGCGGGGGAUGGGGAUACGCUUUGCUAUAUUCAGUCUGGGAAGGAUUGCUGGCGCUGUGAGCUGUGGGAUGGGGUCGUGAAGAUGGUCCCGUGGCGGUUUCCCUCCCGACAGACGGCCUUCGUGCCGUUUAUUCUUCCUCCCAAACAACAGCAGCCGAUUAAAAAUGAAAAGCUUGACAAAGAGGUUCAAGACGAAGAAGCGGGCGGUGGUAGCAUUGUCAAGGAUGAAGAAGGGAACCAGUUUAUGCUUAUCGAUGGCAAUAACGGUGGGGACGCCGCCUCUGGUGGAGGUGAGCACGUUAUUGCGGUUCGAAACCGCGAAUUGUCGUUGUUUAUCGCGCAGAAGACGGGAGGCAGUGGCGGGAGAGGCAUGGAGUACAGCAUGAGCACCCACCCGCUACCGCUGGAGGGGCGGCGUAUUCUCCAGCACCCCACCCGACCUUCGUAUUUUAUUAUCGCAAGCACGGAGCACCGCAGUCAUGGUAUGAAAGCAGUCGAGCGAAGUCGACGCGAGGCAGCGGCGGAUCCAAAUGCUUAUGGAAUUCCACUCGACGCGCCUCAGCGGGCUUUAGGUCUGAAGGAUCACUACAACAGCUCCCUGCAGCUUUUUGUGAAGGAUAGCAAUCAUGUCUUCCCGCCCUACUACCUCCCAGAAGGAGAUGGGAUUUCGAGCGUCGCCGUCGGGAGCUUCCAGGCGGAUUUUGGCAGAGAACCCGUGGUAGUGGUGGGGGCUGCUUCGCAGUACACGCAUGGGGCGGGGUGUGGAAAAGCACCGUCGUGGACGCAAGGCUGGCUGCGCGCGUUUCGCUUUACAAGCUACGCCGCGACCCCUGCGGGUGGGACGCAUGGAAAUACCAGUGGUGCCUCGGCGCCGCAACGGACGGUGAUGAUGGAUAGUGAGGGGAACCCCAUUCUGCGCCUGGAACCUUUGCACAACACGCUAAUCCGCACAACCCCCUCGGGUGAGUUAAGCCAUGAAGGGGCUUUAAACCACCUUGGAGCGAGUCUUAACAGCGCGUUGGGUGCCCCUGACUACCCCUCCGCGGUGCAUAUCUGCGAGGAUGUGGGACUGCUUUUGGUCGGCCUCGGACCUCAAAACGGGUUACGUAUUUACGUCUGGGGCCAACAGCAAUUUUUGCGAAAACGCCAGCUUCCUAAUUUCCCAUCGCGGAUUGUUGCCAUCGAGACGAUGUUCUUUACCCCCCCCAGCAACCGUGGGGUAAAUGCCGGCGAGGCGGUGGAUAAAAGCGCCCUGUCGAAGUACUUCCUUCCGGAUCUUUAUCACUGCCCUUUCGACCGCCCGGAGGCGCGGCGGCAGGCGAUGGAGAAGCAGCUUUUGGUGAUCUGCGCGACGAUGAGUCAUUCCGUCAUCGUCGCCGCGCUACAGCCCGGCAGCGCCGCGGGGACGCCGUCGUUUUUGAUGGUGGUCGCCCAGGACGCGGUCCCGCGCAGCCUCACCGCGCUCGCGGUCUUCCAAGACGACCACACCCUCGCCGUGGCGGAUCGCUUUGGCCACGUCGUCCUCCUCCGCCUGUCGGACACCACCCGCACGCGGUUCGCCCUCCCGAUGGAGCAGAUGUCUGACCUCGAGCUGGACGCGGUGGGGCGGUUUAUCGCCAAGGAGCAGGACCUGCAGGAGGUCGCCUGCCACCACGCCGGGGAGAUCAUCACCGGACUGCAGGUGCGGCCCUACAACCCCAGCCAGGGCGCCGACCCUAGCCUCGCCAUUGACAUUCUCUUCUACGCAACGGCGAUGGGGCGGGUCGGGGCCUAUGUCCCCUUCGUCUCCGAGGAGGACGCGGCGAUGGCGGCCUACGUCCAGCCCGUUCUGACUGCCCACCUCCGCGCACUGCUCGCGCCGGGGGCCGGUCGGCUGCCCUACGACCACCGCACUAAUGCCCCGCGCGUGGGGGCGGUGAGGGGAAGCCCCACCCACCACAUCAUCGACGGCGAUUUGUUGGCGCUCUACCGGCAGUCCUCCUCGCUCUUGUCGGAGACCAGCGUCUUCACAACGGAGGCGAAGAACGCCAUCGAGGAGGAGAUUGAAACUUUUCGGCGAAUGGAGGCGGCCCGCCGUAAAGUGUUGGGAUUACCCCCCCGAGAACUGCCUUCGGUGGCGGAUCUCAUCGCGAAGCAGCGGGCGUUGGUGACGCUGCCUGAAUAA